AUGUCUACAGUUAGUUCGAUUAUUAAUUUUGAAACGACAUGUUCAACGACAAAAGGUAUUGUGAUAAAAGGUGGCGUGUUAAAUUUUAUAAAUAAUGCAACAAUGAACACAAUUUCAUACAUACAAACCUCGAAUAUUGCUUAUUUAAAUAUGUUUGAUACUUCCACUUUAUUUAUUAAAGACACUGGUUAUAUAAGGUUAAAUUUGGAUUGUGUGAUGAACAUGUACAACAAUUCCAGAGUCUUUGCUGAUGACCAUAUAUACGUAACAAGUGGUACGUUUAACAUGUUCGAUAACUCUGUUAUAGAAAAAUGUUUCUUUAUACCAAUUUCUGAAGGUGGCGUAUUUACAAUGAGAAAUAACUCAAUUAUCAAAAACAUUUUCAAUUUAUUAUCAUUGGGUGGUGAUUCGUCUCAAUUUAAUAUUUUAGAUAAUGCAAGAGUACAGAGCAGUGGCAAUUUUUCAUCCACUGGCGGUACUUUCACAAUAAAAAGUGAAAAUAUCCAAGAAAAAUUUAUUAUUAAUCAAUUCAAACUGGACUAUACAGUAUUGGAUAUAGAUAAAAACUCGUACAUUACAGCGAAGAGUGUCGUGUUAACAUCUACUUCACAAAUUAAAUUAAACGGUAGAACCAUUCGAGACCCGCCUCUUUUCUUUACAAAUGACAUUUCAGAUAACUCAAAUAUCUUCGAUCAAACGGAACCUUUUGAUUUGGCAGUGACUAACAUUCCAUUUGUGAGUACUAUUUCAACUUCUUUUACUACAUACUUUGAAAAUCGUUUAAUGAGAUUUGGAAGUUCAAAUAAGUUCUUCUGCCAUCUGAAAGGAGAAAAUAUCGAAAGUGGAAAUUUUUUGGAACCUUUUUGUCCGUGUUAUGAGGAGUUGUGUUUUAUUGUUCCAAGUGGAAAUAAUGCUGUUCUAAAUUUAAAAAUUGACAGUGUUAAAAAUGUGAAUAGACAAGUAAAUAAUUUGAAGGUUUUGAACAAAAAAGAAACAGAAGAGGAGAAUAUAGUGACAAUUGGAAGUAAUAAAAUAUCUCUCUAUUCAUUCACUGAUAUUGUGAUCAAUAUAAUUUCUGAUGAAUUUGUUGCGGUGAGCUUUUUUAAAUUGACAAAGAGUGUAUUACUAAUAUCACAAAAUGCUGAUUAUGUCUUUGACACAACUUCUUGUAAUCUUGGAUAUUACAACUCCACAUCAUUUCAGUGUUUAACAAAGAUAGAAUGCACGAAAGGAGGGUUAAAUAAAAUCACAAGACAAUGUGAAAGUUGCACCAAAUCCAAUUGUGAAAUCUGCACAGUUUACAAUGGCGAUUGUAUGAAGUGUUCAAGUGGAUAUUAUGGUGUUAACGGCGAAUGUAUUUUAAUCGAAAAUUGUCAACUUACAAUGCGAGAUUUUUGUGUAAUAUGUAAAUUGGGUUAUACAUAUUAUAACGGGAAGUGCGUGACUUCACAAGACCACUGUUCGAUCAGAGAGACCGAAGAAAGUUGUCUAUUCUGCGAUAGAAAUUCCAAUACCAAACUUUCUAAUGGAAAGUGUGUUUCAAUUGGAAACAAUGUGAUUUUAUUUUCACAUAAUUCCAUCAAUGCAUGUGAAAAUGGGUAUUACACAGAAAAUGGUGAAAUUUGUCAAAAAUGUACAGACAAACAUCCAAACAGUGUUUCUUGUAAUUUUAAAUAUGCGACGCGUUGCUCAUUAAAAUUUGAAAUGUCUGAUUUGGGGGCUUGUGACACUUCUUCCUGUGAAGUUGCCGAAAAUACAAUUAAAGAUGCGAAUGGGAAAUGUGAAAAGCCAACACAAAAUUGUGUAUAUAAAGUGAAUACCAAAUGUGUUGAAUGUGAAUCAAAAACAAUUUUAAAUUCACAAAAAGAAUGCAAAACACUUGAUGAUAGUAAUUGUGAAAUCCAAAAUUCUUUUGGUUGCCUUCGUUGUGUUUCUGGAAAGUAUUUUGACACCGCUGAAAAUUCGUGUGAAAAGUGCAAUUCGACAUGUUCUACAUGUAUUUCAUCCCCCAAUUUUUGUCAGUCGUGUUCCUCUGAAUAUUAUCUUAACAACUAUUCUUGUGUAUCUCAAGAUGAUUUACUUGCGACUUGUCUUAAAUUUUCAUAUGACAGUUUAAAGUGUUUACAAUGUGAUGAUGGUUUUUAUUUAAUCAAUUUUGUAUGUAAUAAAUGCCCAACAGAGUGUUCAACGUGUAAUUCGGCUGGUAAAUGUCUUUCGUGUAAUUCGAGCAAUUUCAUGACAAAUGAGAACAAAUGCGUUUCAAAGGAUUCGAUCGUUGGAUGUGAUGUUGAAAUCACAGAAAAGGGGUGUUCUACAUGUCAAGAUGGGUAUUUCCAAAUCAAGUCAAAUCAAUGUGAAAAGUGUAGUGAUUUAUGUGUAAAAUGUGAGUCCAAAAAUGCAUGUGAAAUAUGUGUUGACAAUUACGUGCUUUCAGAAAAGAAUUGCAGUCAUUAUACACUCUUAAAGUACUGUCUUGAGGCCCACAAUUCAAAGUGUUCAAAAUGUGAAUUCUGGAAAGCGCCAAGUCAAAGUGGCACAUUCUGUGUUUCUAAAGCGGUUUGGUGGGUCAUUUUCAUUAUUGUAAUUUUUGUCAUUGUACUUGUGAUUAUCAUAUUUAUAUGUGUUGUAAUACUCUUUGUUGUUAUUCACAAAAAACUUCGAAAAAGCGAAAUUGAGAGCAAAAUGACGAUAUUCAAAAUGCAAAAUUCGAAUUUGAAAUUCAAUGAAUUGAAAGGCGGAGUAUGUGUUGAUCAACCAGAAAUCGAUUUUAACAACGAAGACGACGAAAUUCCAGUGAGUGAAGAAACACGCAAAUUAAUUUGUGUUGGUAACACUAACAAUCAAACUGUGAAAAUUCAAUUUGUCGCCAAAACGUUUGUUGAGAAGUUCAAUAUAACAGUUAAGCCGAGUAUAGCGACGUUACACAAAAAUUGUGCGUGCGAGUUUGAAUUUUUUAUAACUCCAAAUUACACUUGCAAAAUCGAGGACAACAUUGUUUUAGUCUCAAAAAACAUCGAAACAGGAGAAGAAAUUUUGAAUGAACUUGUGAUGAAAGGAGUGACUACAAUCACAACUAAACUCGACCCCAAUGAAAUUGUUUUCGAUAAUAAACUUGGCGAAGGAUCUUUUGGUGUUGUGUAUAAAGGUACUUAUAGAAAUAAUACAGUUGCAAUUAAGAAAAUCAAAAGCGUUGAUUUGUCUGAUGAAAUUAUUGAAGAAUUUGAAAAAGAGGUAAAUAUGUUAGACAAAUUUAGAAGUGAUUACAUCGUCCAUUUCUAUGGCGCUGUUUUCAUUCCCAACAAAGUGUGUAUGGUCACCGAAUUUGCACAAUAUGGUUCUUUACAAGACUUAAUUAAACACAAAAAGAGUGAAGAUAUUGACAUAAAGUUGCGUGUUAAAAUGAUGAUAGAUGCAGCAAAAGGUAUUUUGUAUUUGCAUGAAAAUGGGAUAUUACACAGAGACAUCAAACCAGACAACAUUUUGGUUAUAUCACUAAAUGUUGAUGACAAAGUUAUAGCAAAACUGACUGACUUUGGAAGUGCGAGAAAUGUGAAUCUGUUGAUGACUAACAUGACUUUCACAAAAGGUAUUGGAACUCCAGUCUAUAUGGCGCCUGAAAUCUUGAGUCAAGAGAAAUAUAAAAAGCCAGCAGACAUAUACUCGUUUGGAAUAACGAUGUUUGAGGGUAUUGGGUGGUGUGACGCGUAUCCGAAAGGCCUUUUCGCGUUUCCAUGGAAAAUAGCAGAGUAUGUAAAUAAUGGUAAACGACCAGAAAAGAAAGAUGACAUGGAUGAUAAAAUAUUUUCAAUUGUGGAUAAAUGCUGGGUUCACAAUCCGAUCAAGAGACUUGAUAUCAAAGAGGUUAUAAAACAGCUAGAUAACUUGUGA